GAUUGUUAGCUUGUGUUUUAACUUUUAACCUCAAAUUUUACCCCUGCUCUUCACAACAAGCUAGUUUAGUUAUCUUCUCUUGCGUAAUAAUAAAUCAUCUCUUGUUUUGUGUGAUAUUUGGCUUGUGUCAGCUCCAAAUUUGGUUAGAGUCCUCACCUCACUCACAUUUUUCUCCCAAGAUCAAUGGCUUUGGCCUCUCUCUCUCUCUCUCCACCUUGAAACUUCGGAGCUGAUUGUGACCACUGAUUAUCCUCGCCAAUGAACCCACUGCUCAACCUCGAUGGGGCUUCGUGCGACGUGGUACGGAUUCUCCACUUCUGUGUAUUAUUAAGUCCUAUCUUCAGAUAGCUUUUUACUCAAAUAGUUUCUUCAGUACGUCUAAAUACAGUCUCCAUUUCCCUUUCCUCAUUCUAUCUUUUUUACAAUUCUGAAUCAUAUGGGGCUCAUAUUUCCUCUCUUUCACUGUACUAGAGGAGGAAAAAAAAAAAGGGUCUCAAUUUCCCAAUAGCUUCUGCUCUUCUUCACUUUCACUUUGUUAGUUAUUAGACUAGGAUAACAAAACUUGUUUACAACUCAAACUCUCUUACCGUUAUUAUGUCCAACUCUAUUACCCAUCUUCAAAACCAAUUUGAGAACCAAGACCUUGAUACUUAUGGCUCUUCUAUGAGGCACAACAAUGCAUCAUUUCCUGAGGCAUCAUUGGGAGCAUUUCCUACUAGCAUUGGAGUAGUUGCUGAGGGCUCUGAGAUAAGCCACACAAGGCAUUUGAUGGAUCUUCUUGGAGCAGCAGCAAAUGAGAGAAAUCACCACCAAACUGCUCAAGGGCUUUCUCUUUCUUUAGGCUCUCACAUGCUUGUUCCUUCUGAUGAAUACAGGCAUCACCAAAGACCCUUAAACCCUGGUCUCAUCAACCCCAAUUACUUCAUGUCUGGACAAGAGCCACGUGAGGCUUGUAACAACCCACCUGUGGAACAGCAGCAUAAUAUAACCAGUGACUACUUUUUCAACACAGCUGGGAGUUGCACUUUUGCAUCUUCAUCUUCUUCUGCCCCUUUGAACCGCUCUCCUAAUACCACCACCUCUUAUGCUGCUGAGUCUUUUGCUGCUGUCAUUGGGAACUCCAGGUACCUUAAACCGGUUCAGUCCCUUCUUGAAGAUCUUGUUGAUGUUGGUGGAAAUGUGGUCGAUAGAAUCAACGACAAGUAUGCUGAGAAGUUGUUUCGUGGGAGUAGAGGAAGUGCUAGGACACUUUCCUCAGAGUUGAGGAAUAAUGGUCAUUUAUUGGCUGGCAAACAUGAACAUCAAAUCAAAAUUGCAAGGUUGAUUACUUUAUUGGAUGAGGUUGAGGGAAGGUGUGAGAAAUACUACCAUCAAAUGGAAGAAGUGGUGUCAUCUUUUGAGAUGAUAGCAGGUUUGGGAGCUGCAAAGAGUUACACUGCUUUGGCACUCCAAGCCAUGUCAAGGCAUUUCUGCAGCUUGAGAGAUGCCAUAUUGUCACAUAUAAAUGCUGAGAAAAGAAAACUCUUUCAGGAUUUACCUAAGAUCAGUAGUGGAUUGUCUCAACUAAGCUUGUUUGAUAGAGACAGCAGACAGAGUAGAAUGUCUCUCCAACAACUUGGGGUGAUCCAAAGCCAACGCCAAGUUUGGAGACCCAUCAGAGGGUUGCCUGAAACCUCUGUGGCAAUUCUUCGUUCUUGGCUCUUUGAACACUUUCUCCACCCUUAUCCUAAUGAUUCUGAAAAGUUAAUGCUGGCAUCUCAGACUGGUUUAACUAAAAACCAAGUCUCAAAUUGGUUCAUAAAUGCUCGAGUACGGCUAUGGAAACCAAUGAUAGAAGAAAUGUACAAAGAGGAGUUUGGAGAGUCUUCUGAAGACUCCAACCCGGCUGGUAACAACUACUUGACGAGGGAAGAUACCACAGAUUGUGUAGAGGAUUGAAUCAAAGCCCCAGUGAACAAAAACAAAUAUUGUUUAACAAACAUGGGCCUUUAAAUGGUUGCCUUUUUCUCCAAAAUCGAGAGAUAAACAUUAUGUAACAUGACAAGAUGAUGAGCCAAUAUGUUCGGGUGAAAUUCAAGAUUUGGAAAAUCAUGACUUAUGAUGUUCCUUAGAUUAAGUGACCAGCUUGUAACACAUCGUGAGGCUUGUUAUGUCAGGUUUGCUAUUAAUACCAAUUUACAGGAUUAAAAAAAAACUGUGGGCUGUGAAUGAGAUCAUGAGAAGAUCGCAUUAUCAGAAAUUCACAAUUUGUUUUACAACCC